UGUAACAUUUUAGCCUCCUAACCUUCAAAAUUUACAUCUAACCCUUGACCCUCCCCUUUGAUGUUCUCCGUUCGACAUCGCUCCCUCUCUCGCUUCACACUCUGUCUCUUCACCCCCUCUCACUUUAAAAACCCCCCCCAUCCAAACAAUCCCUAAUUCCCUCUCUUUCAUUUUCUUGCUGUUGGAAACUCUCAGCUCCAUCUUUACAGAUUAAUUAAAAUUCGUUUUCUGUACAUCAUUAGACUUAGGGUUUUAUUCUUUGCUAUCCUUGUACAAUAGGGUUUUUCUUGUUUUUAAUUUUCGAUUUGGAUUUCUUUUUGUAUUCUUUCAGUUCUUUUUUCUUUUACUACUUUGGAUUUGAUGUAAAUGAAAAAAAAAACGAGUGGUUACUGGUUAUUGAUUUAGGGAUUUAGGAAUUUAGGGUUUAGAUUUGCUUAUAUGUUAAUCAAUAUGGAGAAUCAGCGUAGAUCAUUUGAUAGAUCAAGAGAACUCGGUUUAAAAAAACCGCGGUUAACCGAAGACCUCGCUCCAAACCCUAACGGUCGGCCCUUUCCUCAACGGCCUAACCCAGUUGGUGCUGCCUCUGCUUUAAGAUACCGGUCCAGUGAUUCCGAGACCAGUGAUUUGAGCCGCGGCGGCGGAGCUUACGAGCCACAACCAGUGCCACAUCAGCAGCAACAGCAGCAACAGCAGCAGCACCAAGAGUUAGUUAGCCAGUACAAGACGGCGUUAGCUGAGCUGACUUUUAACUCAAAACCGAUUAUAACUAACUUGACGAUAAUCGCUGGUGAGAAUCUUCACGCCGCCAAGGCGAUUGCUUCUACUGUCUGCGCCAACAUUCUUGAGGUUCCCAGUGACCAAAAGCUGCCAUCACUUUAUCUUUUAGACAGUAUUGUAAAGAAUAUUGGGAGAGAUUACAUUAAAUAUUUCGCUGCCAGGUUACCUGAGGUGUUCUGCAAAGCAUAUAGGCAAGUUGAUCCUCCUGUGCAUCAGAGUAUGCGUCAUCUUUUUGGAACAUGGAAAGGGGUAUUCCCCCCUCAGCCUCUCCAAAUGAUUGAAAAGGAACUUGGAUUUGCGCCUAUGAUAAAUGGUUCAUCUUCAGGAACCACAACAUCUAGACCUGAUCCACUGUCACAGCGUCCACCACAGAGCAUUCAUGUAAAUCCGAAGUAUCUAGAGAAACAGCGUCUUCAACAGUCAAGCAGGGUAAAAGGUAUGGUCAAUGAUAUGACUGAGACUUUGUCCAGUUCAAAGGAGGAUUCUGAGAGGCCAGAUAGAGCAGCCAUUACAGCUGGGAGGCCAUAUAUAGAUCCUUCUGUUAAAAUGAAUAACAUUCAGCGUUCUCAUAGAGACAUGUUUAAUGAGCCUGUUCGUGAGAAGAACAUUGGUGCUAUAUUUGGUGAUUAUGACUAUGGCUCUGAUCUUUUACAGACUCCUGGCAUGGGAGUUGGAAGAAGCGGUGGGAAGGUUACUGAUCAAGGGAAUGAUAGGCCUUGGUAUGGAGCUACAAGCAGUGUUACUGAGAUGAUUUCGAGCCAACGAAAUGGUUUCAAUAUUAAGCAUGGAUCUCAAAAUUACUCAGCAUCCAAAUCUGUGAAUGCUGAUCCUCGUUUACAGGCAACUAAGAACGUUGCUGGUAGAAGCAGUAGUGGAUUGUCUAGCAGCUGGAAAAACUCUGAGGAAGAAGAGUUUAUGUGGGAGAUGCACUCUAGAUUGUCAGAACAUGAUGCAGCCAAUAUCUCGAAUAACUCGAGGAAAGAUCAUCGGACUCCUGAUGUUUCAGAAAAGUUGGAUUUUGAAAGUCAGCUCCGCAAAGCACAAAGUGUUCAUGAUGUGGGGUCAAGGUUUGAUAGAGAAAGAGAAACUACUGUUGAUUCAUUAUCCACUGAGCAGAAGGACAAAAGUUCUUAUGGGCGCAGGAUUUCAUCUGCAUGGCCAUUGCCAGAGUCAAAUAAAACAGAUGGAUUGCCCGCUAAUAAUUUGGGCCAUUCUGAGAGCUAUUCUGCCACUGUUGGUGGGUUGCCUACAGGUGCAAGUUCUUCCCUGGCCAGGAUAGGAAUGCGACCACAAAAGAUUUUGGCAAAUGUAGCAUCAGGAUCCACUAGUACUUCAGGACAGCAGCGUUUUCAGCCCCUGGGAACUGCAUCACCACCUGAACAGUCUCCUAUGCGCCAGCAUUCACCUUCACCGUCAUUUCCUGGACGCCAUCCCCAUCAGCAGUUACAGAAAUUGGCUGAGCAAGACCAUCCACAAGCUCAUUCCCUGCCUCAUACUGAUCCAAAACCAUCCCAUUUUUCAGGAAAGUUGAAUGUUGGAUCUCAUAAACACUCUUCUCAGGCUUCAUCUGCUUUGAUUUCUUCAUAUCAACCAAGCCGUCAUUAUCCCUUUGCACAACCACCACAACCAGACUCUGUGCAGGCUGAACCUUCUAAUCAGACUCAGAAGCCACUUCUGUCUCAGAUCUCCAAAGUAGGAGCAGCCUCAACACUGGGAAAUGCAUCAGAGCAAGCCAAUCCACUUGCUAUUGGAACUUCAGAACUGUCAAAUACAAGUAGUCUAUUGGCUGCUGUCAUGAAGAGUGGAAUCCUCUCCAGCAAUUCAUUUACCAGCAGCCUUCCAAAUAAGAUUUCUCAAGAUGUGGGGCAGAUUCCAUCACAGCCUCCUCUUCCAAAUGGGCCUCCGCCUGCUGUUUUCACAUCCUCAGGCCUGAGGGUUCAUUCUGGGACUUCAUCAGGUUCUGCUUCCCACGAUGCAUUAGCAGCUACUACAAAUAGUUCUCAGGGAAAAGUAGAACAGCCGCCACUGCCUCCUGGGCCACCACCACCUUCUCUUGUUAGUAAUGCCCCGGCACAAACAUCAGAUGCAGAAAGCAAGGCUUCAAACCCAAUAUCCAACCUUUUGAGCUCAUUAGUUGCGAAAGGUUUGAUAUCUGCAUCAAAGAAGGAUGCUUCAUCUCUCUUGACUCAUCAGAUGCCUACUCAAAUGCAGGAGAGCAUGGGAAUGGAGAGGCAUACUCAAAUGCGGAAGGAGAGCCUGGGAAUGGAGAGACCGACUGAAUCACUGAACAAGAGCUUGGGCAUUUCUACCAGUAGCCCUUUGCCAGCGUCUUCCAUUCCAAGUUCAUCGGAUGCUCCUAGUUCCUCUACCAUGGAUGAGGUAUCAUUUGCUGAACCUGCUACAAAAAGUUCAGUUGCCUCACAUCAGUCCGCUGCAAUGGAAGUAGAAAACCUGAUAGGAUUAGAAUUCAGGCCAGAUGUAAUCAGAGAAUUUCAUUCAUCUGUGAUCAGUAAAUUAUUGGAUGACCUUCCUCAGUGUUGCAGCUUAUGUGGUCUUCGACUUAAACUUCAGGAGCGGCUUGAUAGACACUUAGAGUGGCAUGCCAUGAAAAAGACUGAAUCAGAAGGUUCUAAUAGGGCUUUGAGGGGAUGGUAUGCAAGAUCAGAUGAUUGGAUUGCUGGAAAGCCAGGGCAAUUCAUAUUUGAAUCCACUGGUUCUGUGAACCAGUUGGAAAAGACGACAGAAAAGAGUGAGCUUAUGGUUCCUGCUGACGAAAAUCAGUAUGCAUGCAUGUUAUGUGGUGAGUUAUUUGAAGAUUAUUUUUGCCAGAACAGGGGUGAAUGGAUGUUUAAGGGAGCAGUAUACUUGACUAUCCCAUCAAAGGAUGGUGAGGUAGGAACUACAGAUGGGAGUGCAGGCAAUGGUCCUAUUGUGCAUGCAAAUUGUAUAUCAGAAAGUUCAGUUCAUGACUUGGGACUGGCUGGUGGCGUUAAAUUGUGUCACUUCUUGUUAGGAAAAUGAAGAAUAGCGCGUUAAGGUGAAAUAUCAAGCCAUCACUUGCUGUGCCAUUAUGAGAACUUGAUGAAGAAUCCAGGUUUACUUUUCCAUAGCUUAAAUGUUUAAUGGCACUUGUAUGCUAAUUUUGUUGUGCCUUAGAAAGGUGCUGAGAGUGUCACUAGUUGUUUUUGCUCGCAUUUUUUUCUUAUGUUUUUUUUUUCUUCUUUUCAAAGGUCAUAGCCUGAUAGAAGUACAUAUAAAUACCAGAUAGUUUUUGCCUUAAUUUUCGUCGCUAAUGGGUUUAAUAUGUUGCAUUAUAUUUUGUGUUUUGGACUUUGCUGGAGUGGAUUUGAAAUUGAUAAAGGAGAAGGCAAUCAGACCAUGUCGAUUCAGCUUCGAAAUUGGCUGUUGGCAAGAGCCUGUUUAACAUGGAAUGCAAUGAAGGCUUUGAAAGAAAAAGAAAAAGAAAAAAGUGAAGAAGAAACAGAUCUUUUCUGGUUUAUUGUUGUUCCAAUUUUUCUCCUUUUUAUCAAUUUUGACCUGCUGUUUUAAGAGCUGUGGUUUUGACCUUGUGAAUUGUGAGCAUUGUUCCGCAAGUUGCAUUACUUUUAAAGAACAUGAUUUCCUGUUGACUGGCUAGAGGACAAAAUUUUGGAAUCUGGUGGCUUCUUAUUAGGAUCAUGCUACUCCUAAUAAGACUCUUAA